AUGUCCAGGCACGUCGCCAGCCGAGUGCUCGCCCGAGCAGCCCGCUCCCAGACCACCACCUUCCCACCACGCUCGAUACGACAGUAUGCCGUCGCAGCCGCAGUACCUACCUCCUCAUCCAUUCCCUCUGCACACUCACCGCAGAUACAACAUGAGAAGACUGUACCCAACCCCGACCCAGCACCCGACUCCCCCACCUCGGCCUUCCUCAACCAGAGCACACCGUACAUGGUCCCCACCUACGUCCGACCGCCGCCAAUGAUGGUCAGUGGAAGUGGCUGCACACUUUACGACAAUGAGAACCAUGCCUAUCUCGACUUCACAGCAGGAAUAGCAGUCAACAGCCUGGGCCACGCCGACCCUGCCCUCACACGAAUUAUAGAGAACCAAGCCAAUACCCUCAUACAUGCCUCCAACCUCUAUCACAACCCAUGGACGCCCACACUGUCCAAGCUGCUAGUCGAAGAGACAGCCAAACAGUCGCCCACAUCAUCCCAACUCACCCAAGUCUUCAUCUCCAACUCCGGCAGCGAAGCCAACGAAGCAGCCUCAAAUUCGCCCGGAAAGUCGCCUACGCCAGAGAUCCCAACAGCACUCAACGGGAAAUCCACCUUUCGGCCUAUGCUCCCGGGCUUCCGCUACGGAACCUUCAACGACACGUCCGCUCUCGAUUCACUCAUCACAAGGGACACCGCUGGCGUGAUCAUCGAGCCCAUCCAAGGCGAAGGUGGCAUCAACGUCGCCACUCCAGAGUUCCUCCAAGCUCUCCGCAAACGCUGCGAUGAGGUAAACGCAGUCCUCAUCUUUGACGAGAUCCAAUGCGGUCUCUCCCGCACCGGCGACCUAUGGGCACACACCGCUUCCGGCGUGCAGCCAGACAUCCUCACCACAGCGAAAGCACUCGGCAACGGCAUCCCCAUCGGCGCUACCCUGGUCCACGGCACAACCGUGGCCCCCCACAUCAAGACCGGCGACCACGGAACCACCUUCGGCGGCAACCCGCUCGCUUGCAGAGUCGCCCACCAUAUCUUCACGCGCCUGAGCGACCCAGCCCUACAAGAAGAAGUCAGGAUCAAGAGCACACUGUUCCUGAGCGCGUUCGAGACCAUGAAGCUGAAAUACCCCGACGUCCUCUCCGAAGUCCGUGGUCGUGGCUUGAUAGUUGGCUACCAGCUGACUGACUCGGCGAAAGCCAAAGCUAGGGACGGCGUUCUCCGCAUCGUCCCGCCGCUGGUCAUCAGUGCGGAAGAGAUUAAUCGGGGGCUGGAUAUACUCGACCAGGCAAUGGCGGUGGUCUUCAAGACGGAGCAGGAUGUAGGUGAGACAAGGGGACAGCAGGAGAUGGCGCGGUGA